AGCUGAUUGUCAACCACAACAAUUUUUAAAUUCGGUCCGGCUGAAAUCUCUGGUAAAGGCCGUUUAAAAUGGCAAAAAUAAAGAAAAAGGAGGCGAAAGCUAAACCUUUGACUCGCAAGGAGCAGAGAAAACAGAAGUCGGAGUUCAAAAAACAGAAUAAACGACUUUAUUUCGCCGGCAAAACUAACGGAACACAGCGCGUGGCGGCGGCGGCAGAGGCGUUGGCAGCGCAGUCGCAGCUGGGCAAAAACAAGAAGAAGAAACGGAGCAAGAAGCCCAAAAUAAUAAAUCCAGAUGAAAUACCCAAGGAGCAACUUUUGUCCGGUGAAAUAGACAGCGACGAUGACGAGUCCAUAGAUUCGGAUUUCAGCGAUGCGGAGGUGGAUGCUCUGCUGCCCGCAAGGGAAAAGAUGGAAGUCUAUGAACCUCUGGGAAAAAAGGUCAAGAAAACGACAGGAGGCGCCAUCCAAAGACAGGAUGAAGAGGCGGUCAGGCGGAAGGAACUGCGCCAGCAAAAGGAACUGGAGAGCAAGUCCAAGAAGCAGCGAAUCAAGCAACUUCGCAUAGAGAACGAGGAGGAUGAUCGCGAGAUCAACAAGCUGGAAAAGAAGCUGAAGCUCAACAAAUCCAAGGACAAAAACCGCUUGGUGCGGAAGAUGUUCAAUGAUGGCCUGGACUACCUGCUUGACUUUGUCCUGGAUGACGAGGAGGAGAAGCGGAAGUGGGAGGAGAAGCAGGAACGUAAGAAAAAGCUGAAGGAGCAGCAAGAAAAGGAGGAGGCGGGAAUGUGGAGCGAUGAGGAAGAGGAUAAGGAGGACAGGGAUGAGCCCAUGGAUAACUUCUCAGAAGAUGACAGUGGCUCUGAGGGUGAAGAUGAUGAUGAAGACCUAACUGGAGAGGAAGAACAAAGCGAGGAGGAUUCGGAGCAGGAAGAGAAUGCACCUAAGAUUAAAGAGGACAUCUACGGACGCAAACGCGACGCCGAGGGAAACAUCCUGCCUGAUCCCGUGGAGCUCGAGGCCUCAGCCGCCGGUCAAAAGUACAUACCGCCACAUCAGCGAGCUUUGAUGGCAGCCAGCGCGGGAUCAAGUGAAAAACAGGCAGAGAUACUAGCUCGCCUUCUAAAGCAAUGCAAGGGUCUGCUCAAUCGUUUGUCAGAAGCGAAUCUGCACAAGAUUGCCGCCGGCAUCGAGGAGCUGUACAUGAAAAACUCCCGCUACAACAUGAACGAAACACUAACCAAGUUAAUUCAAGAAGCCCUUCUCGGCUACACGCGAACCAACGAGCGAAUGGUACAGGAACACAUGGUGCUGCUGGCCUACCUACAUGCCCAGGUUGGCAGCGAGAUUGGAGCGCAUUUCCUGCAGACUUUUGUGGAGUUAUUCGAUGGUUAUGUCAAGAACAUCGCUACCCUGGAGGUGGAGGAUAAGCAGCUGAAUAACCUAGUACUGGUGCUCUGCUACAUGUACCUCUUCAAGAUCUACGAGCUGAAUUUGCUGAUGGAGCUCAUAGGCAAAUUGUCAGAUCAGCUUUGCGAGAAGAGCGUGGAGUGCCUUUUGCUGAUCUUCCAGUCCAUUGGCUUCCGGCUGCGCAAGGACGAUCCACUGGCCUUUAAGACCAUGAUGCAAAAAGUUCAAUCGCAAAUUGCUAGUGCCCCACUGGAACUGAAAGAGAAUCCACGCCUGCGUUUCAUGGUCGAUAUUCUAAAUGCAGUCAAAAACAACAAUAUGCAAAAGCUGCCGCAGUAUGAUCCCGAGUUGGCGGAGAAUCUGCGAAAGCGUUUGAAGGCCAUGCUGAAGAAUGAUCGCUACGUGGUGACUCUGAACAUAACCCUGGAGGACCUCCUGCGUGCUGAUAAAGUGGGCAAAUGGUGGAUUGUGGGCUCUGCCUGGACGGGAAAUCUGGAUGAGAUGGGAUCCGCCAAGCAAAAGCAGGAUAAGAACUCAUCGAAGUCUGCCAACGGAGGUUUUGCGGAUCAGCUACUGGAGCUGGCCAGAAAGCAGCAGAUGAACACAGCCGAAAGGAGGAAUAUCUUCUGCAUCAUCAUGAGCGCCGCCGAUUAUGUGGACGCCUUUGAGAAGAUUCUGCAUUUGUCUCUGAAGGACCAGCGAGCGGUGGCCUACGUGAUCAUCCAUUGCGCUCUGAAUGAGAAGCGUGCUAACCCCUAUUACGCUCAUUUGGCACUUAAGUUCUGUCAAUUCAACAGAAAGUAUCAACUGGCUUUCCAGUUUGCCAGUUGGGACAGAAUCAAUGAUAUCGAAAAGCUUUCCAAGCCGCAGAUUCGCAACCUGGCUAGUUUUCUGCAGCAAGUAAUCCUAGCUGCUGGUCUGCAGCUGUCAGUGCUCAAAGUAGUCGACUUUAUGCAGCUGGACAAGCUCAGCUUUUACUUUAUGAAGGAAGUGAUGGUCAGGCUGCUUUUGGCUAACGAUGAACGCGAGAUUUAUCAGACGUUCGAAAGAGUUGCCAAAAACACCAAACUGCAGCAGUUUAAGCAAAGCGUAAGGCUCUUCCUGCAGCAUUUUCUUUUGCAAGAGGAACAGCUGGACAAACUUAAGCUGAAGGACGAGGAUCGACAGCUUCUGCAGCAGCGCGUUGAUCACAUAGACAAACUUUUAGCCUAUGUGGACCUGUAGUUAUAAGUUGUAAAUUUGUAAAAUAUUCAUAAUGAGGAUGCUAUAAAACAAAUAAAGGACAAGUUUUUGUAAAAU